AGAUUUAAUUGAGCUGUCUUCUUCUACCCACUCUCCUAUCGCCACGUACGCAUGCCCACGAAACAUCUCGUUGUUUCCUUCUCUUGCACUGUUAUCUUUUCUCUCACGAUUUUCCCAUUUUUGUUCUCUAUCCCCACAUCAAUAUUUGCUCUUUUUUUACUUCUUCUCUCUCUCUCUACAUUUAUUUGUCACAGAACCUUCUGGAAUUACCACACAACCUUGGCGCUUUCCCUCUGGAAAAUUAGAUUUCAACCGAAUUAACGCCUGCAAGUGGGCGGCGUUAUGGCUCUGCCACCAGGGGAUCGGAGCGGCAGCGGUGAAUCGACGGCCGGCGAUGCACCGCGCUCUCUUCCGACGCCGUUUCUCACAAAGACGUAUCAGCUCGUGGAAGACCAGGCGAUCGAUGACAUCAUCUCCUGGAACGAAGACGGAUCUGCUUUUAUCGUUUGGAAUCCCACGGAGUUCGCCAGAGAUUUGCUGCCAAAGUAUUUCAAGCACAAUAAUUUCUCCAGUUUUGUUCGCCAGUUGAACACCUACGGAUUCAGGAAGGUUAUGCCGGACCGGUGGGAAUUCUCUAACGAUUGCUUUCGGAGAGGCGAGAAGAAGCUAUUGUGUGAUAUUCAGCGCCGGAAAAUUGCUCAGUCGUCUCCGGCCGUAGUGGCGGCGGUGGCGGCGGUGAUACCAACAAUAUCCGCGCUAAGGACGGUGUCUCCGUCCGAUUCCGGUGAGGAGCAGGUGAUUUCUUCCUCCAAUUCACCGGCGAUGGCACGCGAGUUUAGCGGCGGCACGUCGGAGCUGAUCGACGAGAACGAGAGGCUGAGGAAGGAGAACUCGCAGCUCAACAAAGAGCUGAGCCUAAUGAAGGAUUUAUGCAACAAUAUUUUCGCUCUGAUGUCGAAUUACAACAAGAGCGGCAGUAGCAGCAGCAGCGACCAACAAACGCAGCUUUCCGUGGCUGAGAACUCGAUGAAGCCGUUAGAUCUGCUUCCGAUGACGAAAUUCUGCGAGGAGAUCCAGACGGUGGUGGCGGCGGCGGCGGACGGCGCGGAGGAGAGCCGUAUCAGAUCGGCUGCGGAGGAAAUAAGCGCGAGAUUGUUCGGCGUGCCAAUUGGAAUGAAGCGCGGGAGGGAGGGGGAGGGGAGUUCGGAGAUGGAUUUGCAGCUGCAGCAGCCGUUGGGUGAUAUCAAAUCUGAGCCGAUGGAUGAAGACAGCAGCGGCGAUGAACGGAACUCGUCGUGGCUGACACGGAGCAGCUCGCGAAAGAAAUCGGAAGCUUCUUAAUUGAUGCAUGCUAGCUGUAUGGUGUGCUGCGCCGCAGAGGAUUAGAUCUUGGUGUAGAGGCGCGUGUAUGUAUUAGAUGAGCCACGUGUGAAACAGACACUCGUGUCUCACUGUGGAAGGACCUCAAACCGGAAGCUUCCUAAAGUAGUCCCUUUUUUUGUAUUUUAUUUUAAUAGGCUACUGUUACUAGGGCUGGCAAUUUUCGACACGACACGAUAAUCUGACACGAAUCCGCACGAAAUUAUUGGGUUA